ACAGCAGGGAAUGACUAUAGGCUGCACAGACAGUUUUCUGUUAUUGUUGUUGUUGUUCACUUUGGGUAAUUGUGUGUAGUGUGUCCUCCCUGACACCAUGGAUAACUUCAAUGCUGUUUUUCGGUUUUUCUUGGACCAGAAAGCCACAAUUGGCUAUAGUUUCAUGGCUCUCCUGACUUUGGGCGGGGAGCGACUCUUCUCCAUGGUUGCCUUUCAGUGUCCUUGCAACCACGACCAGAACUUUGCCUAUGGGCUGAUUUUCCUGCUGGGCCCUGCUGCCGUGCUACUGGUCUUUGGUCUGUUCUUCAGCAGCAAGUUGUGGAGGGUUUACACUGGCUGCUGCCUUAAUCCCAUGAAACUUUGCCCCCGUGGGAACUGCUUCGGAUGCCUAAGGACAUUCGUGAGCAUCUUCACUGGGGCUUGUGUGGCUCCUGUAAUGUGGCUCUCUGUGGCCCUGCUCAAUGGAACAUUUUUUGAAUGCGCUGUCAGUGGUCUUGAUGAUAACCUGGUGGUGGAUGUGUUCUGUAAAAACAAGACCUUGACAUGUCGGGAGGAGCUGGCUCGAGUGCCCUGUGACCGCUCCAAACUGUCCAGUGAUGACCGCAUGGAGGUGCUGCUGAAGCUCAGGGCCCAGUCACAGAUCUUGGGCUGGUGUAUUGUCAUUAUCUCUGUGUUUGUGGGCCUCCUGGGAACCUGCUGUAAAAACUGUCGCUCCAAAGUCAGCUACCUGCAGCUCACAUUCUGGAAACGCUAUUCAGAAAAGGAGAAGGCGCUCUUCGACACCUUCGCUUUGGACUAUGCCACCAAGCUCGCCGAGAGAAACCUGAAGAGCUUCUUUGAGAACAAGGACCCGGUUCCAUUUCCUUUCCCCAACCACAAGGCAUGGGAGGAGAUCUCUGCAUAUUAUAAUUUUUCCAGGAGUGAGCAGUAUUACAGCACUCUGCAGCGGUAUGUAGAGAGGGCAGACAGGGACUUCACACCAGAGAAGAGACCUGUCAUGGAGUUUGAGCACGGAAUAGAGAUGAUCUAAAGGAAGAUGUUGUUUGUAUGUUGGAAUCUCCAUUGGCCCUGGGUCCACAUUUAUGAACAUCACAUGAUCUGCUUAACAUUUCAUGAAAAGAAAAAAUUGAAGGAACAGACAAACAGUGGUGAGACUAGUUUCACUUCACUGUAAGAAUGGACCCUUGUGGUUUGACUGAGGAGGAGCUGUCUACAGUAUGUAAGUCUUGAAUGGUGCAAUGGUGCAUAACCACUAUGUUAUACACACUAAUUCCCCCUACCUCUGUAAUCUUGUAUGCAUUUGCAGUCUUCGUUUACUAACGUGGUGCGUUGAAAGUUUGUCUUACUUUGAAUUUGCAAAGUAACGCAUGGAUAAAUAUACAGUCAAGGUCGAGCUAUGACCUGGAAGACUGAGGUCACAUUAUUGUAAUUAUCUCUGAGUAUUGGGGGCUAAUAACAACCUUUAAACUCAAGAGGCCUGUAGAUUUUGUCAUUGUAAGUGUGUUGUUUUUGCCUAAAGCACAUUUAAGCCCCUGGGACCAGUAUGGGGUCAGCUGUUGUAUUAAGGGGGGCCAGUUUAUCAAUUCAAACAAAUUCAGAUUUUUAACAAUAUUGCAGUUCAGAUGCCAAGUCAGACAAGUCAGGACAACAUGACAAAUUAACACAAGCAAUUAAAAUGGCCUUGACUAAAUUGUGUUUUUUACCACUGUAUUUCUGGAGGAAUCUCAAAGGGAUUCCACAGAUUUAGGAGCAUCCACUCUACAAUUUAUAAAACUCAAAACAUUGGUAUUCUGUGUAUCUCCUACUGGACAGCAUAAAGACAUUUGUGCUUUCCAAACUGA